CUGAAUAUCAGUAGAACUACAUUUAAAAAAAAGAAGUUUUUUGUGACUUCAUUAAACACUGUAAAGGCCCAUUCACACUGCACUGACAAACGCCCAAAAAAUGGCAACAGACACUUUGUUGGGUUUUGUUGGAUCAGUGUGUUACUCCUGUUGGCGCCUGUCGCCUCUGCCAUUGGUCAGCUCUUGUUUUUGCCGAUUUAACAUGUUGAGUGUUUGUCGUAUAGUGAAAUGUCUGAGAAGUGAAGUCUUUAAUCUGGUGAUUGUUGGCAUUGGUCGCCGUCUUUCUGUGCGGUGUGAAUUGGCCUUAACACUGCUGUGUAUAAUCAUCAUGCUUUGGUCAAAUGUGAUUUCAUUUGAGGUCUUUUCUGAUGCAGAUGCUCCUAAUGUUCACACUUCAACAGAUCAAACUGACCGUCCAAUCACACCACAGCAUCCACAAAACAAUGUUUUUUCCUUUUCCUGUUGUGCUUCCAUUUUAAUUUAUUUGAUUUAACUGUUGCAUGAAUUAGAUGUUCUCUUUCUAAUCUCUGUAAAACAUUUACAUGCACACAACAAAAAUUAAAUCUAUAUACAUUUUCUCAAUCUUUUGCGUAUCACUUCAAUUGUCAGGAAGACUGACAUAUAUAAAACAACCAAAUUAAACUUUACCAUAAUGCACAUACAUAAUGUAUCAAAGUGUUGGUUUUGUUUUGACACAGGCUUAUUGAUUAUAGUUCUGGUUUCCACUGGUGUUGGUGUCAUUUGUUCUGGACUCAUCUACCCAUGCUGGUUUGCAUGUAACAAAAGAAGACAUCGCAAUAAAACGAGAUCAAUAACAUCAGAUGUACCCAAUCAAGGAAUUGGUAUGAGUUGUUCUGGACCUGCAGAGACAUAUUCUCUGAUCACUUCUGUACCAGCCACAUCUCAGCCCAUCUCUGUAGGUGUUUUAGUCAAUAAACAACAGAAAGAGGAAAAUACAACGGAAAAUGAGAAUGUUUACCACCUGUACUGCACAAUUCCUGACGAACCAGUUCACUCAAAGGCAGGAUGAGAUCAAGUCUACAGUUGGGGGAAUCACUGAUGAGCCUCUGUUGUUUCAUUAUGUAAUGUUACAGUAUUAUAUCCAUUAUAAAGCAAGUUAUCUUUAAUU